GCUUCAAAAGGAGAAAGUUAUAUACCAAAUAAAGAUUUCAAAUGUACUAUUCGACUACUUGACGACACUGAAACUUUAACAUACGAAUUCACGCUAUUAUUGACCAGUAUUCUGAAUUUAAGUUUGAUCUCUUCAAAAUUAAAAACUGAUAUCUGAAUAUUUUAAUGGGCAUGACUAAAUACGCACCCCCAAAAUCUACGCAACCCCGAAAUCUACGCGCACCCUAUCAAAGAAAAUUCUACUGUGGGACAAAAUGUGCUGGACUACGUGGGUCAAAAGCUGGAAUUGUCGGAAAAGGAUUAUUUCGGGCUCAGGUUCAUGGAAAACAACAAGCAAAGGCACUGGCUUCAUCCCAUCAAACUAUUGGUCCGACAAUUUAAAAAUGUGAGUCCGUACGUUUUGUGCUUCCGGGUCAGGUUCUACCCGCCUCACCCAGACUUAUUGCAAGAGGACAUAGCAAAGUAUUACCUUUUUUCACAGCUGAGACGAGAUAUGCUGCACGGACGAUUAUUCACUCACAACGACGAUGGACCGCUACUGGCGGCUUACAUUUUGCAAUCCGAAUUAGGUGAUUUCGAUCCGGAAGAGAUGAGUGCUAACUAUGUUUCCCAUCACAGAUUGCUCAUGAAACAAACUCCAAAAAUCGAAGAAAAAAUUGCCAAUUUCCACAAAACCUUAAGAGGUCAAGUUCCUUCCGUCGCCGAAUUGUAUUUCCUGAAGAAAGCAUCUCAACUGGAGACCUAUGGUGUUGACCCAUAUCCCGUUAAGGACCAAAAAGGUAAUCACAUGUACCUGGGAAUCAAUCACUCCGGCAUCAUGACGUUUCAGAACAACAACAAAGUUCAUCAUUUCAAAUGGAACGAAAUCCGUAAAAUAGAAUUUGACGGUAAGAUGUUGGUGAUUCAUUUGCUUAUAGACGAAAAGAAACACGUUGUAGGUUUCAAAUGCCCGACUCAAUCAUCUUGCAAGCACAUAUGGAAAUGCGCCAUUGAACAUCGAGAUUUUUUUCAACUUAAAAGUUCUCGGGAUAUCAAACCUCACCAUUCUGGCGGCAGCUUAUUUGCCAGGGGAUCUAAAUACCGUUACAGCGGAAGGGUCGAAAGAGAAAUUCUGAACGAUACAAGCAUUUUGACUCCAGGGAAAGCGAGCCAUCACGUCAUGAGAAAAUCCUCUCUCAGAGAUUUUCCUCGUAAAAAAGGCGGCACUUAUUUUUCGGAUAAAGCCAAACCGGUAACCUACCAUUCACCUAAAAUUCAGCAUUCUAAUAACAUCACCCAUAAUGUCAGUAAAGUAUCUAGGAAUAGUUUGAUCAACAACUCCCCUAAAGAUCCUAAUGAUUCUAGUUUAAUGGAUAAAGGUAGUUCCACCAAUUGGAUGCCUACAUCUCGAACUCCCCCUGGAGUUAUUCAACCCCCUCUUGGAGAAGAUAGUAAUAAUAUACAUUUUACCGUUGCGGAUGGCUUAACUGCCACGCCACCUCGCCCCUCAGCCGCUCCUACUAAUUACUCUCCCCAAAAAUUACCUGCUUAUUCCCCUUCUCAGUCAUCUCAACGAGAAGUUUUAAACGCAACAAGAAUAAGAUACAGCGGCACAAACGGUAAACUAACCUCCCCGCCCAGACCCCCUCCCCCAAUUACAACAUUCCCCAGUUCUCACGACACUUCUCUAGAUUCAAACAAAAACAUAUCCUUCGAAUCGAAUGACGGGGUCGACGAUUCCUCCUCUUUUUACGAUAAAAACCCUGUCUUCCGAUCCUAUCUACUUACAUCUUCACCUUUGAGCGGUAAAAGUCCAGCCAAUAAAUUCCGCGAUUCUCCAAUGCCAAACGAUUAUGGCUCUGAGCCAAAGUAUCACGAGAAAUUAGUCAACCUGCACCCUUCUUCCUUGGUAGAAGAUAGCGUAGGUGGUGACUUUUACAAGACCGUUUUGUCGAAUAGAAGCGGAAUCGGUGGUAGUGGGGACGAUACUAAGGAUACUUUUGCCAACGACAGAAGAGAAAACGGGUAUCCAGAAAGACCGUUAACUACACCGCCGAAAAAUACGUUUGGUGCAAUCGGAGUAGAGAAAUUAAAUGACCAAAUUUACGUUGAAGAUAAAGAGUAUUCCCUUCUCACAAAACAACACGAGUGCAAUGGUGACGCUCUCCUGACUAGGGCUAAUAUGGAAAUACACAAACUUCAAAGCGAAAAAAUUAAUCAUUUAUCAGGGCCCGACUCUAAGCUCAACCUCACCAAUCGGAGCAUUGCUCAAUCGCCUUCUCCAGGGUUAGUUAAUCGAUCCAAGUUUUUCUCUUCGAAAUCGGCGAACGGCGGUAUUAACAUCUUUUUCGACAAAUUGUUUUUGCGGAAUCGGUUCUCCGGCAAAAAGGUUAGAAACGUGUCUUUCGAAGAAUCCAACGAUAGUAAGAACCUCCAUGGUAAAAAAAGUAGCCGCCCUAACAAAGUGUCCAAACCUGCCCCAUUCUCUAAUGACCCGGGCACCUUUUCUAAACUGGUUCUAGUGAUUUUACUUCUGGCCCUAUUAUUCCUCGCUUUCGUGUUACUCAUGGAAAGUAGCAACCCAAAUGCACUUUACUUGUACAAAAAAUAUCCUCAAUUGAGGCGAUUUAAACACGAAAAUUAUGGCACUCUUAAACGACAUUUUUUGAAAACUUGGCAAUCGAUUUGUGAUUUAAGACGAUGAGAAAAUAUUUUUCGAUUUUUUUUACCACAAAAUUAGAAAUAAUUUUUUUUAAUGAAAUUUAGCAUUUUAUAUAUUAACAAUUUGAAAUGUUUGUUAGUUAUUUGGAAGAAAAAAUGGGUUCGUAUAUCUUUAGUUCAAAAUUGAAUUGUUAAAGAGGUUUUUUUCGAAUAUUUUUUUGUUUUUAAUCUUUAAUUUGUAUUUGGCUUUCGUUUAUGAGGUCUGGUCCUAGUUCCCUUCUUCAACGCUGUGUUUAAAAUACUUGCAAUGCAACAAAUAAAGCAUUUUAAACACAGCGCCAAAGAAGAGGAUCAGGCUUGGAUAGGGAAUUUGUAUGAAAUAUUUCAAAAAAUUCCUUAUAAAAUCCGGUGAUAUCAAUAAUGUAUUUAUCAUAUUUUAAACUGAUACAUUGAUUGUAUUUUGUUAUUAGAUGUAAAUGUUUUCCAUUUAAAAUAUAAUGAUUUAAGUAUUAUAUAGUAUAGCCUCCAUUCCUACCUAUUUGAAGCAUAGACUUAAAUAUAUUUUAUAGAAGGUAUUAUGUCGAACAUCUUUAUGUAUUUAAAGAGGAAUAUAAUUAUUUUACACAUUCUUUUUAUCUAUUAUAUUGAAAUCGCUUUUAUAUUUUUUUUAAAACCCGUUUUUUUGAUCGCCCUAUAAAUUCUUUUGAAUAAAAUUUAUUGUGGUAUUAAAAAAAAUUUGAAAACUUCAGCCACAUUUUAUUAAAUAAAUUUUUUUUAAUGUAAAUAUCUUUUUUAUGUUAUAUUUCACCUAAAAUUUUGGUCUACCGUUAAUUAAUUCAAGAAAAAUAUUAUAUAAAUUAAUACAUUGUAUCAGACAUUAGGGGAAAUUGUUAUGCUGAAAGGGAAUUGAACCAAAUUUUUGGAUUAUUUGACCAGGCAAAAACUUUAUCUGAGACAAUAACUAGAUGCUAAUUAUGAAUCGUU